AUGGCCGACGACGAGCCCGUCUUCACCUCGCUCAAGGAUCGCAUCGCCGCCCUCAACCUUCAACAGGCCGGGGCGCCAGCCCCCAUGCGCGCUCCGAAGGCUCCCCCGCCCAAACCCAAGCUUGCGCCCAGGCCGCCGGUGCGCGACCCCUCCCCAGCCUCGGCCGUGUCGACCGCCUCGACAGCCUCGACAUCGUACAAGCCUCCCACACCCGCUCGGCCGGCGCCGCCUCCAGUAAAACCCCCAUUGCCAAGCAAAGCGACCAGCCUUGUGCCAUCGCAGCCUGCACCCGGACACAAUGCGAGUCACGCUUCUGCGCGAUCGCCGCCGCUCCCCACACAGCGCCCGCUUCCUUCUCUCUAUGCGCGCGGAGAGUCCGCUGAGCCACCGCUUCGGGGCCGUCGGCCGUCAGGGGAGCCAGCUAGCGUGGAGAGUCGCUCUUCCCCCGUCAUUCCCGGCGGUCGACCUGACGACUCCAACGGUCAUGGCGGGAGCAGGGCUGCGGCUGAGCCCAAGUUGCGCCCCCCACUGCCAGGCGGCAAGCCCCAAUUGCCACCCCGACUCCCGUCACGCGGACAGAACAACCACGAUGAUCAUGCGGCGUCCACCACAUCCCCUCCCAUCCCCUCCAAGCCGUUAGCCGCUCCCCGUCGCACCCUCCCCCCAAGCGUACCUCGCGGUCCGUCCCCCCCUCCCGCCCCCGCCUUUCGGCCUGGGGACGGCCCGCCGCCCAUUCCUCUGCAGUCUCGCCCUCCACCUGUGCCACUCGCUUCCAGGCCGACAUCAAACCCCGCGGCUCCAGCACCCCUUGCUGCUCCAGAGUCGAUCGACAUGCCACCCAUCAUCUGCCUCGUGUGUCGCGACUACACACAUCCUGAUGCCGUGGCAGCCCAGUACCCACGACACAGCCUCCCCCGCGACCCAAUACCCUACCUCGCUGACGUUCUCUGCUCCCCAUUCGAGUACUUGACCGAUAAGGCGCGCGCCAUUUUCACCUGGCUGCAUCACAACGUCGAGUACGACGUGAAGAACUUUCUCGCUGGGACAAUUCCGCGCGGCCAUACGGCCGAGGACACGAUUCACACCGGCAAGGGAGUAUGCGAUGGCUUUGGCAACGUGUUCUUGGCGAUCGCGCAGGCCGCAGGCCUGGAAUGUUUGAAAGUCAGUGGGCAUGGCAAGGGCUUUGGAUACAAGGCGCCUGCAGCGGGCAGCAUCCCGCCCUUCAACAGCAACCACGCCUGGAACGCGGUACGUCUGGACGACGGGCAGUGGAAACUUCUCGAUUCGUGCUGGGGUGCUGGCAACCUCACGAACGGGGCCUGGGACCAGAAGUUCAAGCCUGAGCAAUUCACUAAGAGCAACGACGCGUUUGGCGAGAGCCACUUCCCUGAAGACGAGGCGCAUCAGUUCCGUGGCGACGGCCGCGUCAUGUCGUGGGAGGAGUACAUUGACGACAAUGGCGGCGACACGCCGACCAUCUAUGGCAACGCAUACGAGGAGGGGCUAGACCCCACGGGACUAGAGCCGGCCAUGCGCUUCCUUGACCCCGCGGCGCUAUCGCAGGCCGGCCUCGUCCGCUUCCAAAUUCCCUGGGUGUGCGACCACUGGGCCGAGACUGUCGUCGCAAACAAAGGCGGCCCGCUCCUCCUCAUGGUGAAUACGAACGAUGAUGUGUUCCCCAUGGAGUAUAAUGGCGAGUGGUGGUAUGUAGAUAUACAAGCCAACAAGAUUCGCGGCAACACGUCCAUCGUCGCUCUCGACAAGCUGAGUGGCAAGGACGCACGGGGCGUUACCAAGAACGAGUUCUUGCGCCGCAAGGGAUGGACGUCGUACAGCUACGUCGGAAUCGCGCAGUACGAGGUGGUGUAG